CAUUCUGCACUCGUAGUCGCCGUCGUUUGGGGCUCGUCGUCAGUCUAGAGAGUAAUAUCGACACGAAAAGAAAAGAAUACGAUUCGAGUGGCUGAAAAGGGAAAUUCCCAACAAAAUAAAAUACACAACGCUGCUGGGUUGAACUUGUUUGCCUGGAGGCGCUGCAGUCGUUGGCGUUAACCAAACGAAAUGGCUGAAGCGGAAGGUGGCUCCGAGCAGGAUGAUGUCUCAUUCCUGAGAACGGAGGACAUGGUCACACUCUCGUGCACAGCGACGGGUGAACGUGUCUGCUUGGCCGCCGAGGGAUUUGGUAAUCGGCAUUGUUUCCUCGAGAACAUUGCCGACAAGAAUGUGCCGCCGGAUCUAUCGCAGUGUGUCUUCGUAAUCGAGCAGGCACUGUCGGUGCGCGCCCUGCAGGAGCUGGUGACGGCGGCGGGAUCCGAGACUGGCAAAGGCACCGGAUCGGGACAUAGGACAUUGCUCUACGGCAAUGCCAUUUUGCUUCGACAUCACAAUAGCGAUAUGUACUUGGCGUGUCUGUCAACUUCGUCGUCCAACGAUAAGUUAUCGUUCGAUGUGGGUCUGCAGGAGCAUAGCCAAGGCGAGGCCUGCUGGUGGACAGUGCAUCCGGCGAGCAAACAGCGCUCUGAGGGUGAGAAGGUGCGCGUCGGUGAUGAUCUGAUUCUGGUGUCCGUGGCCACAGAGCGUUACCUGCAUACGACCAAGGAGAACGAGCAGUCGAUUGUGAAUGCCAGCUUCCAUGUCACCCACUGGUCCGUUCAGCCAUACGGCACGGGUAUCUCCCGCAUGAAGUACGUCGGCUAUGUCUUUGGCGGCGACGUUCUACGCUUCUUUCACGGCGGCGACGAGUGCCUUACCAUACCGAGCACCUGGGGUCGUGAGGCGGGUCAAAACAUUGUCGUUUACGAGGGCGGCGUGGUCAUGGCUCAGGCUCGUUCCCUGUGGCGCCUGGAAUUGGCGCGUACCAAGUGGACGGGCGGUUUCAUCAACUGGUACCAUCCGAUGCGCAUUCGUCACAUAACCACGGGACGCUAUCUGGGUGUCAACGAUAGCAACGAGCUGAUUCUGGUGAAGAAGGAAGAGGCUUCGAUUGCCACGACGACUUUCUGCCUCAGGCAGGAAAAGGACGACGAGAAGAAGGUGCUCGAGGACAAGGAUCUGGAAGUGAUCGGAUCGCCGAUCAUCAAAUACGGUGACACCACCGUCAUUGUCCAGCACUGCGAGACGAGCCUGUGGCUUAGUUACAAGAGCUACGAGACAAAGAAGAAGGGCGUGGGCAAGGUCGAGGAGAAGCAGGCCAUUCUCCAUGAGGAGGGAAAAAUGGACGAUUGCCUUGACUUCUCACGCUCCCAAGAGGAGGAAUCGAAAACGGCGCGUGUCAUCCGCAAGUGCAGCAGCCUUUUCACUCAGUUUAUCACGGCAUUGGAGACCCUGCAAUCGAAUCGCCGACACUCGGUGUUCUUCCAGAAGGUGAACCUCAAUGAGAUGGUCAUGUGUCUGGAGGAUUUAAUCAAUUAUUUCUCUCAACCAGAGGACGAUAUGGAACACGAGGAGAAACAGAAUCGUUUCCGUGCGCUACGCAAUCGUCAGGAUCUGUUCCAGGAGGAGGGCGUUCUCAAUCUGAUACUGGAGGCCAUUGACAAGAUCAAUAUCAUCACGUCCCAGGGCUUCCUGGCCAGCUUUCUCGCUGGCGAUGAGACCGGUCAAAGCUGGGACCUCAUCUCCACGUAUCUCUAUCAACUGCUGGCCGCCAUCAUCAAGGGAAAUCACACGAAUUGCGCUCAGUUUGCGAACAGUAAUCGCCUCAACUGGCUGUUCUCGCGUCUGGGCUCCCAGGCCUCCAGCGAGGGCUCUGGAAUGCUGGAUGUGCUGCACUGUGUGCUCAUCGAUUCGCCCGAGGCGUUGAAUAUGAUGCGGGAUGAGCAUAUCAAGGUAAUUAUCUCACUGCUGGAGAAGCACGGACGUGACCCCAAGGUUCUCGAUGUACUGUGCUCCCUGUGCGUCGGUAACGGCGUGGCCGUGCGCUCCUCCCAGAACAACAUCUGUGACUUCCUGCUGCCGGGCAAGAACCUGCUGCUGCAGACCCUGCUGGUGGACCACGUGGCCAGCAUUCGGCCGAACAUUUUUGUGGGACGUGUGGACGGGUCGUCCAUGUACCAGAAAUGGUACUUUGAGAUCACCAUGGAUCACAUUGAGCAGACGACCCACAUGAUGCCCCAUCUGCGCAUUGGCUGGGCCAACACCUCCGGCUAUGUGCCAUAUCCGGGCGGUGGCAAGAAGUGGGGCGGCAACGGCGUGGGCGAUGAUCUGUACUCAUUUGGCUUCGAUGGCGCCUAUCUGUGGACAGGCGGACGCAAAUCCCUGGUGGUGGAUGCGAUAACCGAGGAACCCUACAUCCGAAAGGGCGAUGUCAUUGGCGUGGCCAUAGAUCUGUCGGUGCCCGUCAUCACGUUCACUUUCAAUGGCGUCAAAGUGCGCGGCUGCUUCCGGGACUUUAAUCUGGACGGCAUGUUCUUUCCGGUGAUGAGCUGCUCCUCGAAGCUGAGCUGUCGCUUCCUCUUUGGCGGCGAUCAUGGGCGCCUCAAGUAUACCCCACCCAUGGGCUUCUCGGCACUGGUGCAGUGCCUGAUGCCGCACCAGAUUCUCAGCCUGGAUCCCUGCUUCUACUUUGGCAAUCUCACCAAAAACGUUCUAGCAGGUCCCUGGCUCAUCGAGGACGACACGGCCUUUGUGCCGAAGCCCGUGGACACCACGGGCGUAACCCUGCCCAGCUCCGUGGACCAAAUCAAGGAGAAGCUGGCGGAGAACAUUCACGAAAUGUGGGCCCUUAACAAGAUCGAGGCGGGCUGGUCGUGGGGCGAACAUCGUGACGACUAUCAUCGCAUUCAUCCGUGCCUAACGCAGUUCGAGAAGCUGCCGGCAGCCGAGAAGCGUUACGACAAUCAAUUGGCUGUACAAACACUCAAGACAAUAAUUUCGUUGGGCUACUACAUAACCAUGGACAAGCCGCCCGCCCGCAUUCGUCCGGUGCGUCUGCCCAACGAGAUCUUCAUGCAGGGCAAUGGCUACAAGCCAGCACCGCUGGACCUCAGUGCCGUCACCCUCACACCCAAGCUCGAGGAGCUUGUCGAUCAGCUGGCCGAGAAUACGCAUAACCUGUGGGCCAGGGAGCGCAUCCAGCAGGGCUGGACAUAUGGCCUCAACGAGGACUCGGACAACCAUCGCAGUCCCCACUUGGUGCCAUACGGGAAGGUGGACGAGGCCAUCAAGAAGGCCAAUCGGGACACCGCCUCGGAGACGGUGCGAACGCUGCUGGUCUAUGGCUAUGUGCUGGAUCCGCCCACAGGCGAGGGAACCGAAGCGCUGCUGGCCGAAGCUCAGCGCCUGAAGUUCGCCGGCUUCCGGACGUACCGCGUGGAGCGCAACUAUGCCGUAACCUCCGGCAAAUGGUAUUUCGAAUUUGAGGUCCUCACCGCGGGACCAAUGCGCGUAGGAUGGGCGCGAGCCGACUGCUAUCCGGGUGCCAUGCUCGGCAGCGAGGACACCAGCUGGGCCUUCGAUGGACACAAUGAAGAGAAAGUCUAUGGUGGCAACAGUGAAUCGUUUGGUAAACAGUGCGGACCCGGUGACAUAGUCGGUGUCUUUCUAGACCUAGCCGAUCACACAAUUAGCUUCUCACUGAACGGAGAACUCCUCAUGGAUGCCCUGGGUGGAGAGACGACCUUUGCCGAGGUCACCGCCGAGGGAGUGGGCUUUGUGCCCGCCUGCACACUGGGCGUCGGCCAGAAGGCACGACUCAUCUAUGGCCAGGACGUGGACUCACUGAAGUUCUUCACCACAUGCGGCCUUCAAGAGGGCUAUGAGCCAUUCUGUGUUAACAUGCGUCGGCCCGUGACCCAUUGGUAUACGAAGGACCAGCCCAUUUUCGAGAACACUGAGGAGAUGCCCGACUGCCGCAUCGAUGUGACGCGUAUUCCUGGGGGAGCAGACACCCCGCCGCAUUUGAAGAUAUCCCAUAAUACGUUCGAGACCAUGGAGAAGGCCAACUGGGAGUUCCUGCGCCUCUCCCUGCCCGUCACCUGCAUGGGUGAGUUCAUCAGCGAGCAGGAGAAGUCGCGCCGCUGGGAGGAGAUCAAGAUACGUCAGUAUCGCCUGAUGCGCGAAGCCCAGGAGGCGGCAGCUCAGAUGCAAACAGCCCAAACGGCCGCCCACAUGGACCACAUGCUCAAGGGCGGCUUCAACAUGAACGACAUCAAGGGUCUGACGCGCAACUUUGACGAUCACACGGAGGCCGAGGCCGAACACAUGAUGCGUCCACCGCGGACGCCGCGCAAGGGCAGCCUCACGCGCAACAUCACCUUCGAGAGCGACAUGUCCGCCGCUCUGGAUGAAAUGCAGCGAUCGACAUCGGUGCUGGAUAUGAACGGUUUGGGGGAGGAGAUCGACGACAAGAAAAAGCGCGGCCGCAGUCCAUUCAAGUUCUUCUCGAAGAAGUCGCGCGAUCAGAGCCGCGAGAAAAUGGGCUCCAGAACGUUGGACACAUCGCUGGAGCGCCGCAACACGGUGGCCCAUGGCCGCAAUGUGGUCAACCAGCAAAUGACAACCCGUGCCCCAACACUGCGUCUAAAUAAUGCGGAGAUUCCAUCCAGUCCGGUGCAACAGGCCCAACAGGGACCCAAGCAGCUGAGCUCCUCGAAUCUGGGGCAACCGCCGGUGGAGUCGUCGGGCAACGAGAUGUUCGACGCCGAUUGCCUCAAGCUGAUCAACGAAUACUUUUACGGCGUGCGCAUAUUCCCCGGCCAGGAUCCCACGCACGUGUACGUGGGCUGGGUGACAACCCAGUAUCAUCUGCACAGCAAGGAGUUCAACAAGAACAAGGUGCGCCGUGGAUCCGUGUACAUUGAGGAUGACUAUGAGGUGCCCAUCGAGCGGAUCGAUCGCCAGAGCUGCUACGUGGUGCGAGCCGAUGAACUGUUCAACGAGGUGACCCAGGAUGCCUCCGGUAAAGGUGCCUCGCAGGGCAUGUUCGUGGGUUGCUUCGUGGACACGGCCACGGGAAUCAUUCGGUUUACGUGCGAGGGCAAGGAAACCUCUCACCGCUGGAUGAUGGAGCCGGACACCAAACUGUUUCCGGCCAUUUUCGUGGAGGCCACCAGCAAGGAGAUUCUCCAGAUUGAGCUUGGUCGCACACCCACCACACUGCCCCUGUCGGCGGCCGUACUGCCGACCAGCGACAAGCACAUCAAUCCCCAGUCCCCGCCGCGUCUGAAGGUGCAGUGCCUGCGGCCGCAUCAGUGGGCCCGUGUGCCCAACACAUCGCUGCAAGUGCACGCCCUGAAGCUGUCGGACAUACGCGGCUGGUCGAUGCUGUGCGAGGAUCCCGUCUCCAUGCUGGCACUGCACAUACCCGAGGAGGAUCGCUGCAUCGACAUACUGGAGCUGAUCGAGAUGGACAAACUGCUCUCCUUCCAUGCUCACAGCCUCACCCUCUAUGCGGCACUGUGCUAUCAGUCCAACUACCGGGCAGCGCACGCCCUGUGUCAGCACGUGGACCAGAAGCAGCUGCUCUAUGCCAUCCGGUCGGAGUACAUGAGCGGUCCGCUGCGGCAGGGCUUCUACGAUUUGCUGAUAGCCCUGCAUCUCGAGUCGCAUGCCACCACGAUGGAGGUGUGCAAGAAUGAGUAUAUCACGCCUCUGGGUGCCGAACUGAAGGAGCUCUAUGCCGACGAGGAGAUGCAGCAUUCGCUGCGCUCCCUCGUCACUGAGUCGGUGCGUCCCCAGUUGCGUAUGACGGAAAUCACACCCCCUGUGAUUGCAACAUCUAGUAUGCCAAGUGUUUCCAGCGAACCGAUACCCAACAUCGACCAAUUGUACUCCCCGAAGUUCCCCCUAGAAGUAGUCAGGCAGUUUGUGAUGGAGGCCCUCAAGGAAGCCGUUGAAAUCAAUCAGGUGCACAAUCGUGAUCCGAUCGGUUGGACCAACGAGAACCUAUUCCUACCCCUCAUUAAGCUCACAGAUCGCUUGCUCUUGGUCGGUGUCCUCACCGACGAAGAUGUACAAAAGCUUUUGGUAAUGGUUGAUCCCGAGACAUGGGAUGCCAAAUUUGAGAAAGAGGGCAAAGAUGAACACCGCAAGGGCCUGCUGACCAUGAAAAUGGCCGAGGGUGCCAAGCUGCAGAUGUGCUAUCUGCUGCACCAUUUGUAUGACACACAGCUGCGGCAUCGGGUGGAAAGCAUCAUUGCGUUCUCGCAUGACUUUGUGGGCGACCUGCAAACCGAUCAGUUGCGUCGUUAUAUCGAGAUCAAACAAUCGGAUCUGCCCAGUGCUGUGGCGGCCAAAAAGACCAAGGAGUUCCGGUGUCCGCCGCGCGAGCAAAUGAACCAGAUAUUGUGCUUCAAGAAUCUCGAGUCCGAUGACCAGGACAACUGCACCUGUGGCCUUGAGUUGCGCGGCCGACUGGGCGACUUUCACGACAGCCUCAUGCAGAAGGUGUCGCUCAAUGCGCUGCAGGAGCCCGACGGUACGGAGAGCGGUACAGCGAUCGAGGAGAUCAAAACGGGGCCCAUCACGAAGAUCUAUAACUUCAUCAAUACAGUCAAGGAGCUGGAGGAGGGGCCCAAGGAGGUGGAGGAGCCGGAAAAGAAGACACCCGAGGAGGUAUUCCGCAAGGUUCUAAUCAAGCAAAUCGUCAGCUGGGCAGAGGAGUCACAAAUCGAGAACCCCAAGCUGGUGCGCGAAAUGUUCAGCCUCCUGCUGCGCCAAUACGACACCGUUGGUGAGUUGGUGCGUGCUCUGGAGAAGACCUAUGUGAUCAAUAAUCGUGCGCGCGAGGAUGUGGCCGAAAUGUGGGUGGGCCUCAGCCAAAUUCGCGCCCUGCUGCCCGUCCAAAUGAGCCAGGAGGAGGAGGAACUGAUGCGCAAGCGACUAUGGAAGCUGGUGAACAACGCCACAUUCUUCCAGCACCCCGAUCUGAUACGCAUUCUGCGCGUGCACGAGAACGUCAUGGCCGUGAUGAUGAACACGCUGGGGCGGCGGGCCCAGGCACAGAGCGAUGCACCCGCCCAGCCCGAGGGCGGCGAGGGUGUGCCCUCGAAGGAGAAGGACACGUCCCACGAGAUGGUCGUGGCCUGCUGUCGCUUUCUGUGCUACUUCUGCCGCACCGGCCGCCAGAACCAGAAGGCCAUGUUCGAUCAUUUUGACUUCCUGCUGGACAACGCCAACAUCCUGCUGGCACGGCCGAGCCUGCGAGGCUCCACACCCCUGGAUGUGGCAUAUUCGAGUCUGAUGGAGAACACAGAAUUAGCUCUGGCGCUUAGGGAACACUACCUGGAGAAGAUCGCCGUGUAUCUGUCCAGGUGCGGACUGCAGAGCAAUUCGGAGCUUGUUGAGAAGGGUUAUCCCGAUCUCGGCUGGGAUCCCGUCGAGGGCGAGCGCUACCUGGACUUUCUGCGCUAUUGCGUGUGGGUCAAUGGCGAGAGUGUCGAGGAGAAUGCGAACCUUGUCAUUCGUCUUCUUAUCCGUCGUCCAGAGUGCUUGGGACCGGCUCUAAGAGGAGAAGGGGAAGGUCUGUUCCGGGCCAUCGUCGAGGCCAAUCGCAUGUCGGAGCGCAUCUCGGAUCGCUGUAAAAUGCAGGACGAGGCCGAGGGCACCACCAUAGCCGGUCUGAAUUUUACACAUCCGCUGCCCGAGAGCGACGAGGACGAGGACUACAUUGACACGGGUGCCGCCAUACUCAAUUUCUAUUGUACGCUCGUCGACCUGCUGGGCCGCUGUGCCCCCGAUGCGUCUGUCAUCGAGCAGGGCAAGAACGAGUCGCUGAGAGCUAGAGCUAUUUUGAGAUCUCUGGUGCCGCUGGAGGACCUGCAGGGUGUGCUCAGCCUCAAGUUCACUCUCUCCCAGACGGGGCCCGGCGAGGAGAAGCCCAAGUCGGACAUGCCCUCGGGCCUACUGCCCAACAACAAGCAGAGCAUUGUGCUCUUCCUGGAGCGUGUCUACGGGAUCGAGACGCAGGAUCUCUUCUAUCGCCUGCUGGAGGACGCCUUCCUGCCCGAUCUGCGCACCGCGACCAUUCUCGAUAAGAGCGAUGGGUCCGAGAGCGACAUGGCUUUGGCCAUGAAUCGCUACAUUGGCAACUCCAUCCUACCCCUCCUCAUCAAGCACUCCAAGUUCUACAACGAGGCGGAGAACUACGCCAGCCUCUUGGAUGCCACUCUGCACACGGUCUAUCGGCUAUCCAAGAAUCGUAUGCUAACCAAGGGGCAGCGGGAGGCCGUCUCCGACUUCCUGGUGGCCCUCACAUCCCAAAUGCAACCUGCCAUGCUGCUCAAGCUGCUGCGCAAGUUGACUGUGGAUGUGUCUAAGCUGUCCGAGUAUACCACGGUGGCAUUAAGGCUGCUGACACUUCACUUCGAUCGCUGCGCCAAGUACUAUGGGUCGACUCAAGGCCAGGGUUCGUACGGGGCGUCGUCGGACGAGGAGAAGCGCCUGACCAUGCUCCUGUUCUCCAACAUUUUUGACUCGCUCAGCAACAUGGACUAUGACCCGGAACUGUUCGGUAAAGCACUGCCCUGCCUCAUUGCCAUCGGAUGCGCCCUGCCGCCCGACUACAGUCUGUCGAAGAACACCGACGAGGACUACUAUGGCCGCCAGAUGGGUGCCCCAGAUCAGCCGCAAUAUGUGCCCCAUCCCAUCGACACGAACAGCGUCCAUUUGGACAACGAUCUGAACUCGCUGGUGCAAAAGUUCAGCGAACAUUAUCACGACGCCUGGGCCAGUCGACGCCUGGAGGGUAGUUGGACCUAUGGCGACAUACGAUCCGAGAGCGAACGCAAGCAUCCCCGCCUCAAGCCCUACAACAUGCUCACUGAAUAUGAACGGGAGCGUUACCGCGAUCCAGUGCGUGAGUGCCUGAAGGGUCUGUUGGCCAUUGGCUGGACCGUGGAGCACUCGGAGGUGGAUGUGCCGCUGAAUCAUCGUGGAUCGACGCGUCGCCAAUCUAAGCCACAAAUUCACGAUUUUCAGAACGAGGGCAGUCCCUUCAACUACAAUCCCCAUCCGGUGGACAUGAGCAACCUAACACUCAGCAGGGAGAUGCAGAACAUGGCCGAACGGCUGGCAGAAAACUCCCAUGACAUUUGGGCCAAGAAGAAGAACGAGGAGCUGAAUGGCUGCGGCGGUGUAAUACACCCACAGCUGGUGCCGUACGAUCUGCUCACGGACAAGGAGAAAAAGAAGGAUCGUGAACGAUCGCAGGAGUUCCUCAAGUACAUGCAGUACCAGGGAUACAAGCUGCACAAACCAUCCAAGGGCGGCGCUGUGGAGGAGGGUGGAGCCACCCAGGCGGCCGUUGAGCUGAGGUUCUCGUACUCGCUGCUGGAGAAGCUAAUCGCGUAUCUGGAUAGGGCCACCAUCAACAUGAAACUGCUGAAACCAUCGACCACGUUCAGUCGUCGCACCUCCUUCAAGACGGCCACGCGCGACAUCAAGUUCUUCUCGAAGGUGGUGCUUCCCCUGAUGGAGAAGUAUUUCUCCACGCACCGCAACUACUUUAUUGCUAUUGCCACGGCCACCAAUAACAUCGGCGCAGCCUCGCUCAAGGAGAAGGAAAUGGUUGCCUCCAUAUUCUGCAAGCUGGCGGCAUUGCUGCGCAACCGCCUGAGCGCCUUCGGGCCGGAUGUGCGCAUCACUGUGCGCUGCCUGCAGGUGCUGGUGAAGGGCAUCGAUGCGCGAACGCUGACCAAGAACUGCCCCGAGUUCAUACGCACCUCCAUGCUGACGUUCUUCAAUCAAACGUCCGACGAUCUGGGCAACACCAUUCUCAAUCUGCAGGACGGCAAGUACAGCCACCUGAGGGGCACACACCUGAAGACCUCCACCUCGCUGGGCUAUGUAAAUCAGGUGGUGCUGCCCGUGCUGACGGCGAUGUUUGAUCAUCUGGCGGCCUGCGAUUACGGCAGCGAUCUGCUGCUCGACGAGAUCCAGGUGGCCUCAUACAAGAUACUGGCAGCACUCUACCACCUGGGCACAGACGGGACACUCACGCACGACCGAAAGUAUCUGAAGACGGAGAUCGAGCGACAUCGUCCGGCGCUGGGCUCAUGCCUGGGCGCGUACAGCUCCUGCUUCCCGGUGGCCUACCUGGAGCCGCAUCUGAACAAGCACAACCAGUACUCGCUGCUGAACCGCAUUGCGGACCACUCGCUGGAGGCUCAGGACAUCAUGGUGAAGAUGGAGCAGUGCAUGCCCAAUCUGGAGACCAUUCUCAGCGAGGUGGACCAGUUCGUGGAGUCGGACAAGACGUACAACGAUGCACCGCACAUUAUCGACGUCAUACUGCCGCUGCUGUGCGCCUAUCUGCCCUUCUGGUGGUCCCAGGGACCGGACAAUGUGAGUCCCACCAGUGGAAAUCAUGUGACCAUGGUCACAGCGGAUCACAUGAACCCCUUGCUGCGGAACGUGCUCAAGAUGAUCAAGAAGAACAUUGGCAACGACAAUGCCCCCUGGAUGACCCGCAUUGCGGCUUACACCCAGCAGAUCAUCAUCAAUACGUCGGAGGAGCUGCUCAAGGAUCCAUUCCUGCCGCUGGCGGAGCGCGUGAAGAAGCGCACAGAGAACAUGCUCCACAAGGAAGACAGCAUGCGGGGCUUCAUCAAGUCGGCCACCGACGACACGUCCCAGGUGGAGACGCAGCUGCAGGAGGACUGGAAUCUGCUCGUGCGCGACAUUUACUCAUUCUAUCCGCUGCUGAUCAAGUAUGUCGAUCUGCAGCGCAACCACUGGCUGAAGGACAACAUACCCGAGGCCGAGGAGCUCUACAAUCAUGUGGCCGAGAUCUUCAACAUCUGGUCGAAGAGCCAGUACUUCCUCAAGGAGGAGCAGAACUUUAUAUCUGCCAACGAGAUUGAUAACAUGGCACUGAUCAUGCCCACGGCCACUCGGCGUUCUGCCAUAUCGGAGGGCGCCCCCGCCGUGGGGGGAAAGGUGAAGAAGAAGAAGAAGAACAGGGACAAGAAACGGGACAAGGACAAGGAGGUGCAGGCGAGUCUGAUGGUUGCCUGCCUGAAGCGUCUGCUGCCCGUCGGCCUCAAUCUGUUCGCUGGGCGGGAGCAGGAGCUGGUGCAGCACUGCAAGGAUCGCUACCUGAAGAAGAUGACCGAAUACGAUGUGAUCGAGUUUGCGCGCAUGCAACUGACGCUGCCAGACAAGCUGGAUCCUUCGGACGAGAUGUCCUGGCAGCACUAUCUCUACUCGAAGCUGGGCAAGAGCGAGGAGCCCUUGGAUGAGCAGGCCCUGGAGAAAGCGAAUUCCAAUUCGAACGAAAAGGGCAAGGACAAGACGCAAGAGACAGUGGAUCGCAUUGUGGCCAUGGCCAAGGUGCUGUUUGGCCUUCAUAUGAUCGACCAUCCGCAACAGCAGAGCAAGAAUGUGUACAGGAGCGUUGUGUCGAUCCAAAGGAAGCGUGCCGUAAUCGCAUGUUUCCGUCAGACAUCGCUACACUCUCUACCCAGACAUCGCGCCUGCAACAUCUUUGCACGCACAUAUCACGAGCAAUGGCUGAACGAGGAGAAUGUCGGCCAGGAGGUGAUGGUGGAGGAUCUGACACAGACAUUCGAGGAUUCGGAGAAGUCCAAAAAGGACGAGGAGGAGACAGACAGCAAGCCCGAUCCGCUUACCCAAUUGGUGACCACAUUCUGUCGCGGUGCCAUGACCGAACGCAGUGGUGCCCUGCAGGAGGAUUUGCUCUACAUGUCGUAUGCCCAAAUCACGGCCAAGUCCUGUGGCGAGGAGGAGGAGGAGGGCGGCGAAGAUGGCGAGGGCGGUGAGGGUGCCGAAGAGGGUGAAGGCACCAGCAUCCAUGAACAAGAGAUGGAGAAGCAGAAGCUGCUCUUCCAUCAGGCCCGUCUGUCGAAUCGUGGCGUUGCCGAAAUGGUGCUGUUGCACAUUUCCGCCUCCAAAGGUAUACCUUCGGAGAUGGUAAUGACGACACUCAAUCUCGGCAUCGCUAUAUUGCGCGGCGGCAACAUCGACAUCCAAAUGGGCAUGCUCAACCAUCUCAAGGAGAAGAAGGAUGUGGGAUUUUUCACAUCGAUUGCGGGCCUCAUGAACUCCUGUAGUGUCCUCGAUCUGGACGCCUUUGAGCGUAACACCAAAGCAGAGGGUCUUGGUGUAGGUUCCGAGGGGGCGGCAGGCGAGAAGAACAUGCACGAUGCGGAGUUCACAUGCGCACUCUUCCGGUUCAUCCAGCUGACCUGCGAGGGCCACAACUUGGAGUGGCAGAACUAUCUGAGGACACAGGCUGGCAACACGACAACGGUCAAUGUGGUCAUCUGCACUGUGGAUUAUUUGCUGCGGCUGCAGGAGUCCAUCAUGGACUUCUACUGGCACUACUCCAGCAAGGAGAUCAUCGAUCCGGCCGGCAAGGCAAACUUCUUCAAGGCCAUCGGUGUGGCCAGCCAGGUGUUUAACACCCUCACCGAGGUCAUCCAGGGUCCCUGCACCCUCAAUCAGCAGGCUUUGGCCCACUCUCGUCUGUGGGAUGCUGUCGGUGGCUUCCUGUUUCUGUUUUCGCACAUGCAGGACAAGCUAUCGAAGCACUCCAGCCAGGUGGAUCUGCUGAAGGAGCUGCUCAAUCUGCAAAAGGAUAUGAUCACCAUGAUGCUCUCUAUGCUGGAAGGAAAUGUCGUCAAUGGUACCAUUGGCAAACAGAUGGUGGACACUCUGGUGGAGUCUGCGUCGAAUGUGGAGCUGAUCCUCAAGUACUUUGAUAUGUUCCUCAAGCUGGCCGACCUCAUCGAGUCACCCAGCUUCCACGAGAUUGACAUGAAGAACGAGGGCUGGGUCACACCCAAGGACUUUAGGGAGAAAAUGGAGCAAUCGAAGAACUACUCACUGGAAGAAAUGGAUUUCCUUUUGGCUUGUUGCGAACGCAAUCACGAGGGAAAGAUUGACUACAGAGCCUUCGUGGAACGCUUCCAUGAACCAUCAAAGGAGAUCGGUUUCAACCUGGCCGUUCUGCUGACCAACCUGAGCGAGCAUAUGCCGAAUGAGCCGCGUCUGGCGCGCUUCCUGGAGACGGCCGGCUCGGUGCUGAACUACUUCGAGCCGUUCCUGGGUCGCAUUGAGAUCUUGGGCAGCUCGAAGCGCAUCGAGCGGGUCUACUUCGAGAUCAAGGACUCGAACAUCGAGCAGUGGGAGAAGCCGCAGAUCCGCGAAUCGAAGCGUGCCUUCUUCUACUCCAUCGUCACCGAGGGCGGUGACAAGGAGAAGCUCGAGGCCUUUGUUAACUUCUGUGAGGAUGCCAUCUUUGAGAUGACCCAUGCCUCUGGCCUGAUGGCCACCGAUGAUGGCGGCGGCAACGUGAAGCGCGACACCGCCUACAGUUCGUACAUGAGCGAGGAGGAGGAGGAGCGCGCCGCUCGGGAUCCCAUCAGACGCACCAUCACUGCCGUCAAGGAAGGCCUCAAGUUCGGUGUCCACAUGCUGAGUCCGGCGAACAUCAAGCACCAAAUUGGCGUCAUGCAGACCAAGUCCAUCCCCGAGCUGAUUGUCGGCUUCUUCAAGAUCAUCUUCUACAUGUUCUACUACACGGGUUACGCGCACUUCUGUGUGGUGCGCUACAUCUUUGGCAUACUGCUGAACCUGAUGCGCGGCCCCGCGCCCGAGCAGGAGGACCAGCUGCCGGUGGUCGAGGAGGAGACGUUUGGCCGAGCACUGCCGCCGCUGCCGUUGGAAGAGCCACCCGGAACUGUUCAGGCUUUUGGCUUGGACAUAAACAAGGCGGAUAACGGCGAGUACAAGGUUGUGGUUCAUGAAUCUCCUGCCAACUCCUCGAUGGAGGAAGGUGGCGAAUCCAGUCCCGAGGAUGGCGCAGCUGUGGCCGGGGAACUGGCCGAGGGCGAGCCCCACCAGGAGCCCAUCUCCAUUGUUGAUCUGCUGGGCGGAGAUGCCGCCAAGAAGGCCGCUCAGGAGCGACAGGAGGCGCAAAAGGCCCAAGAGGCGGCCAUGGCCUCCAUCGAAGCCGAGGCAAAGAAGUCGUCGGCAGCCCCACAGGAAACGCCCGCAGUUCAUCAGAUCGACUUCUCGCAGUACACGCACAGGGCAGUCAGCUUCCUGGCGAGGAACUUCUACAACCUGAAAUACGUCGCCUUGGUGCUGGCCUUCAGCAUCAACUUCAUGCUGCUCUUCUACAAGGUCACCUCAUUCGAGAGCGAGUCCGAGGGCUCUGCCGAGGAGGAACUCAUUCUGGGCUCCGGCUCGGGGGCAGGUGUGGACAUGAAUGGAUCUGGUUUUGGUGGCUCUGGUGACGGCGGGUCCGGGGAUGGGGAAAUGGAGGAUGAAAUACCGGAGCUUGUGCACGUCGACGAGGAUUUCUUCUAUAUGGCGCACGUGCUGCGUAUUGCAGCCUGUCUACACUCGCUUGUGUCCCUGGCCAUGCUGAUCGCCUACUACCACCUGAAGGUGCCGCUGGCUAUAUUCAAGCGCGAGAAGGAGAUUGCCCGACGUCUGGAGUUCGAUGGCCUCUUCAUUGCCGAGCAGCCGGAGGACGAUGAUUUCAAGUCGCACUGGGACAAGCUGGUCAUAUCGGCCAAGAGUUUCCCGGUCAACUACUGGGACAAGUUCGUCAAGAAGAAGGUGCGACAAAAGUACAGCGAGACAUACGAAUUCGAUUCCAUCUCGAAUCUGCUGGGCAUGGAGAAGAGCGCCUUCACAGCGCAGGAGAGCGAGGAGACGGGCAUCUUCAAGUACAUCAUGAACAUUGACUGGCGCUAUCAGGUAUGGAAGGCGGGCGUCACCUUCACGGACAACGCCUUCCUCUACUCGCUGUGGUACUUCAGUUUCUCGGUGAUGGGAAACUUCAACAACUUCUUUUUCGCUGCCCAUCUGCUGGAUGUGGCCGUUGGCUUCAAGACACUGCGCACCAUCCUCCAGUCGGUUACGCACAACGGCAAGCAACUGGUCCUGACCGUCAUGCUGCUCACCAUCAUUGUUUACAUCUACACGGUGAUAGCAUUCAAUUUCUUCCGCAAGUUCUACAUACAGGAGGAGGAUGAGGAGGUGGACAAGAAGUGCCAUGACAUGCUGACGUGCUUCGUCUUUCAUUUGUACAAGGGCGUUAGAGCGGGCGGAGGCAUUGGUGACGAGAUUGGCGAUCCUGAUGGGGAUGACUAUGAGGUGUAUCGCAUCAUCUUUGACAUUACCUUUUUCUUCUUCGUCAUCAUUAUCCUGCUGGCCAUCAUCCAGGGUCUGAUCAUUGACGCCUUCGGUGAGCUCCGUGACCAGCUGGAGUCGGUCAAGGAUAACAUGGAAUCGAACUGCUUCAUAUGCGGCAUGGGGAAGGACUUCUUCGACAUAGUGCCGCAUGGCUUCGAUACCCACGUCCAGAAGGAGCAUAAUCUGGCCAACUACAUGUUCUUCCUGAUGCAUUUGAUCAACAAACCGGACACCGAGUACACCGGCCAGGAGACGUACGUGUGGAAUAUGUACCAGCAGCGCAGCUGGGACUUCUUUCCGGUGGGUGACUGUUUCCGCAAGCAAUACGAGGAUGAAUUGUCUGGCGGCGGCGGUGGCGGUUAGCCGCUGUCGCCAGCAUUCCUACCUACCAUCUGAUCGCUAUCUGGGCACAACUCGGUCCAAGGACUUGGCACCUAAUUUGUAUCUACUACUACUGAUUCAUCUGGAAUUUGUUACCUAGUCAACUUUAUAGAUGUAAUUUAAGACGUACACAAAAAUGUACCCAAAUAAUCGUUUAAACUUUAAU